GGAGUGGUGUAGAUCUUGCAAAUGGAUCCCUUUUUUAAUUAUUACUCAAUUUCCGUGCUCAAAGCAAGAAAAGAAGCUAGUAAAGAAGUGUCUCCUUCUUGCCAUCGGCAGACCGACACAUGGGAUUGCGUAUGAAUGCUAAAUUUUAGAUGUUCGGAUUAUAGUACUUUUCGCAAUGGAAGACUCAAUGGCCUUAGAAAAUACCCUCCAAACAGACUCAAACUACCAACUAACAGAUAGUGUAACAAUUAAGGAGGAGUUGGACAAUAACAUAGUUAUAGAAGAACACAAUGUAGAACUGCAAUUAAAAACUGAAAAAGAAGAUCCCUAUCAAAAUAUACAACUAGAAGUGAAAGAAGAACCAGUUAAUUUCAGGAAAUAUAUAGAAAGUAAGAUAUUAGAAGAGUUUAAAGUACAAAGUGAAGUAGAUUCAAUAUUGCCUAUAAUAGAUCCAGAAGAAGAAGAAAAGGUGAAACAAGAAUGUUUGGCAGAUGAUGCUAUGAUAUCAUAUGACUUCCCGAAUUUUGAUGAUGGGAGUGUCGGGGCUCGGAGCAUGGAGACUGGGAGUAUGGACAGCAAUGAUGCAGCCGCUCUUGGGAAUGUGGAAACGUGUCUGCAAGAAGACGGGGUCAGUGUUAAAUACGAGAAUGAUGAAUAUGAUGACCCUCACUUAAGCGUGAAAGAAGAAAGGGACUUGACAGUAACAGAAACACAUCUAAUCUCAAAUAAAGUGAUCAACACAACAUCAACCAUCACCAACCCGCAGGACGGGCUCAUAGAGUCACAGACUACCAAAACACUAGUCAUGGAAAUACACCCCAUGUCACAUAGUGGCAGUGUCCCUCUAUCUAAGAUAGGGAAUCCGGAAGAAAUCCUACCUAACGACAUAGAAUAUGAUGACUUCCAAUUAAAUUCUAUCACAGGAAAUGAAUUAACGUUAGAACAAGAGGCUUACGGACUUUUAAAGGCAAAGAAGAAAAAGAUAGAUCCAGAAAAGACACAUCAAUGUCCUAAGUGUGUGAACAUGUACCGCAGCACAGCGUCUCUUAGAAACCAUUUGUCAGUGCAUGCCAGUAUAGAGAAACGAGCGAAAGGUGUCAUUCAAGGGCAGAAAACUAGGCGUUUAAAUAGAUUAAAGGCAGAGAAACAAUACAGGAUAGAACUUAAGAAAGAGAUGAAACAGCAGGAACAAUAUCUCAAGCCUAAGAUAGAAAAGAAAAAAAUGAAAAAGAACCCUGCAGAACCAGUUAAGAAGGAAGGCUAUGAAUGCACUUGUGGCAAAGUAUUCAGAAGAAGAAGCCGCAUGGAAACUUGUUUAAGAUCGCAUAACUUGUUUGCUGAAGAAAAAACAUACCCUUGCCAUACAUGUGCAAAGAAUUUUAAAAACAAAGAAGAACUGACGCUACAUAGAAGACGGUUCCACACUAAGAAGAAAUUCCCAUGUAAAUUUUGCCCCACGGACUACAACACGCCUAAAGAGCUCUUCAAGCAUUUACAAAUACACCAGAAAGUUCAGCUAAUGGAAUAUAAAGUUAUUUCAGAGAUUGUUAAAGGCAAAAAGAUGAGGUGUUUUAUGUGUUCUAAAACGUGUACAGAACUUUCAGAGUUGAAGUCCCAUGUCAUGGACGACCACAAGGAGCCUUACAUUUGUCCGCAUUGCCAGCAAACAUUCCCUAAAAUAAUAGAUUUUGCCAACCACACAAAAACAUCACAUCCUGAGGUAGAAGGCCAGUCAGUCUUAGAUGUCCUAGAAGCGUUUUCAAAACUAGUACAAGCAUGGAAGUGUGAGGAAUGUGAACUGCAGUUCCACGAGGCGGAUAAAUUAGCGAGGCAUCAGAUAGAGAAGCACAGUCGGGAAGCCAAAUCGGAGCUACAAUUCCAGUGUACAGAUUGUCAAAGAGUUUUCAUCACACAGAAAGGUCUAACAUCACAUAGAAGAGUACAUCACAGCACAGAAACGCCCGAAAUCAGUGACAUUAUCGAAAAGGGUAUAAUGUGUUUAGAAUGUAGGAAGAUAUGCAAAGAUAUGAACGCUUUAACAUCACACAUGAGGCUACAUUCUCCGGAUAGAAGGUAUCCAUGCAAAUUUUGCGAUUUUCGUUUCGCAACUCCUGAAAAGAGGAAAACGCAUGCUGAAAUUCAUACAGGUGAUAUGAAAUAUGUUUGUUUUAUUUGUGAAUAUCAAUGUACAUCGGAGAAUAGGCUUAAACAGCAUAAAUUAUCAGCGAAGCAUUCAAAUAUGAAGGAAUACUUAUUAACCGGUAAAAUAAAUAACGAAUCAACACCUAAGCAAGAUGAAAUCAAAGCGUCUCAAAGUAAAAGUGUUAAGAAAAAGAAGGCAGAAGGUACAGAGGAGAUAGAAGCGACAUGUGAAGUGUGCGGUGAGAAGUUCCCUAGUGAAGAGACCAUGUUGGAACAUAAACAGACACAUCCCUUUAUCGAGUUUCCUAAUGAAGAUACGCCUAGUAGGAUAUUUUUCAAGUAGCCUAAAGCCUGCUUGUUAUUCAGUACUGCCGUGUUGAACUAAAAGGGUAGAAACAAUAAUGUUUCAUUUUUUUAUUUGCAAAAGGUCGUUCGGACCCUUUUUUACUGCGCCUCCGGUUUGUGGGUACUGAAUUGAUUCUUUUAAGUUCAAAAACUAAAAACUGUAAUCGUGGCAACAAUAGCUCCAGUACAGAUGUACUGCAUAAUUGUUUUUCAUCGUAUUUUCUCGGAAACGUUCGUAUUUGUCAUGCUAUUUCAGACAACCUCAGUAUUUUUUGUACCAAGACUGACUGAAAUAGACACGUUAGUAAGUUUCCGUGAAAAUACGAUGGAAAAUAAUUAUGCAUUACAUCUGUAUAUGUUUGAUCCUACUUUCAAAAUGAAAGGUAUACAUGUAUAGCCAUUUUAGUUCCACACGGGGGAAUGCCACAGGUUUAAGAAUAUGGUACAGGUCAUAAUCAUGCAUUUUAUUUCUUAUAUCAAUGGAGUAAGGUACAUAUUUGUAUGGUAUUUUUUCUUAACUCAAGCACAAUAAAGUCAUCUAAUAAGUAGUUAUGGCUUUUAAUAAAAGAUUGAAACAGGUAUGAACUGGGAGCGGUUUUUAUUAAAUGAUAUUUUAUUUAUAACUCUCUUAUACUUAUAUCUCAGUAGUUUAUAAUUGUUUCUGUAUACCUGUGGCUAUGUAAAACUAUAUUGUUAGGGAGGAUUUAAGUUAUAAUUAAAGUGUUUUUUCGUUUAAUUAAGUGUCAAGCUAGUCUUAUACGUAUUUGCAAACGUGAUCCAAUCAAAGCUAAUAGAAAUAGAUUCAAUUUUGCAGCAACACUACGUACAGUAAGAUGUAAGUAGAGAUAACUGACCCACCCUGUAUAGAAACUGGUUUGGGGGGGGGGGGUCAGUUAUCUCUGAAUGUUACUGUACAUUCGCCACCAAAUAUAUCGGGGCGUGCAAGGUACUCAAAAUAUCUGAACAUGUCUAACGCCUUCACAAUAGAGUAAUGUUUCGAUAUUUCUGAGCACCUUUUUUAGUACCGAUAUAUUUGCAACUACGUAUGUAUUCGAGUAAUUUUGCCGCUUAUUGUUUAUUACAUGUAGCUUUAGUUGGACUCUAGAGUUAGACCGAGGUAAGUCUGCAU